CCUAGUGCUCUGAUUUGUACUUUUCAAAGGCUGCUUGCCUUGUUCAGAGUCUUUAGAGACGACCCCUAAUUUCUAACUUCUGAACGCCCCCAUUUCUUGUGAAUUGCUUCUCUUUCAUACAUGAACCUUACCGUAGUUCUUUGUCUCUCCAUCAAUUCCUGAAAAGGCAUGAUGAAUUCUGAAUUGGGCAUUCAAAAAUAGUGAAAAAAAUAGCAACCAGACCACCCAUCAUUGUCAAGAAGCCAUUUUUUAACUUCUAUUACACGUCUUUCUUCCUUUCCAUUUGGUGUAGGCAUCCAUUAAUGUGGUUGAGCCUCUGAAACUUUAAGCUUUAGAGCCUUGAGGCCUCAAAAUCCAUUGUGAUGCAUAUGGGUGUUUGGUUAAAAUUGUGUUGCUUCCCUCUUUACAACUUCUAAGCUUCAACCAUGCAAUCCAUUAUGUUCAUGCCUCUAACCCUUUUGAUAUUAGUCCUCUUUAAUACUUCUGUCUACUGCCAGAAGCCUGCUUUUGUGAAUGUUGGUGCAAUUUUCACUUACGAUUCGGUCAUCGGUAGAGCUGCAAAGGCGGCCAUGGAAAUUGCAGUCUCUGAUAUCAAUGCCGAUCCCAACAUUCUCAAUGGGACUAAACUGAGAUUGGUCAUGCAGGAUGCAAAUUGCAGUGUCUUCAUGGGUUCCAUGAGUGCAUUUCAGGUAAUUGACAGAGAUGUAGUGGCAAUAAUCGGUCCACAAUCUUCCAGCAUUGCUCAUAUGAUUUCUCAGCUUGCUAAUGGUCUCCAAGUUCCUCUCAUUUCAUAUGCUGCCACUGAUCCGACUCUAUCUGCCCUUCAAUUCCCUUACUUUUUCCGAACAACAAAAAGUGAUUCCAAUCAAAUGGCUGCCAUGGCUGAUAUUAUUGACUUCUAUGGUUGGAAACAGGUGAUUGCUAUCUAUGUGGAUGAUGAUUACGGUAGGAAUGGCAUAAAUGCUUUAGAUGAUGAGCUUGAGAAGAAAAUGGCAAAGAUUUCUUAUAAAUAUCCUUUACCUUCGGCGUCUGAUCUCAAAUAUAUCAUUGAGGUGCUCAACAAAUCAAAAUUUCUAGGUCCUCGUGUUUAUGUUGUUCAUAUUAAUCCUGACCCAAGGUUGAGAAUCUUUAGCAUAGCUGAAAAACUUAAUAUGAUGACUAGUGACUAUAUAUGGCUUGCGACGGAUUGGCUUUCUACUACUUUAGAUUCGGUCUCCCCAAGAGAUCAAGCUUCUCUGAAAAUCCUUCAAGGGGUAGUUGGGCUUCGUCCACAUACUCCACAAACCAUCCAGAAAAAGGAGUUCCUGUCUCAUUGGAGAGAAAAACAGCAAAGGGGGCUAGUAAGUUCAGAACCAAAUGCAUAUGGACUAUAUGCUUACGAUACAGUUUGGACAGUUGCACUUUCGAUUGCUGAAUUUUUAAAUCAUGGAAACACUAUAACAUUUUCUUCCAGUGAAAAGCUACAUGAUAUGGAAGCAGAUAAAAUACUGCUCAGGAAGCUUAAAGUUUUUGAUGGUGGAAAACUUCUACUCAAAAUGUUGUCACAGACAAACUUCACUGGUUUGACAGGCCGGGUUCAAUUUACUGCAGAUAGAAAUCUUGCGAGUGGUAGUUAUGAUGUCCUUAACAUUGCACAGAUGGUAAUGCGUAGGGUUGGUUAUUGGACUAAUUAUUCCGGUCUCUCAAUUUUACCACCAGAAAUGCUCAAAGAGAAGAAGAACUGCUAUUCUCCUUUAGACCAAAGGCUUGGCAAAGUUACCUGGCCUGGUGGGAAGACAGAAAGGUCACGUGGGUGGGUACUUGGCACUGCUGACAGACCAUUGAGAAUUGGAGUGCCAAUCAGAGCAAGUUAUACCGAGUUUGUAACAGAACUCAAGGAAAGCCACAAAAUAGAAGGAUAUUGUAUUGAUCUGUUUGAUAAAGCACGACAGCUAGUUCCUUAUGAUAUUCCUUUCAGAUUUGAGCCUUUUGGGGAUGGCCAGUCCAAUCCCAGUUAUGAUAAACUGGUGAAAAUGGUUGCAGAUGAAGUGUUUGAUGCGGCAGUUGGGGACAUUACAAUUGUGACAAGUAGGAUGAAGAUUGUUGAUUUUACUCUGCCCUACACUUCCACUGGUCUUGUCAUAGUGGCUCCUCUCAGAAAUACAAAAUCAAGUGCUUGGGUGUUUCUCAGCCCAUUUACAGUGCAAAUGUGGUGUGCCAUUGCAGCUUCUUUUGUGGUGAUUGCGGUGGUUAUUUGGAUUCUUGAGCACCGUGUCAAUGAUGAUUUUCGUGGUCCUCCUAAGAGACAGCUUAUAACGAUGUUCCUGUUCAGCUUCUCAACCUUAUUCAAGACUAAUCAAGAGCAUACUGUAAGCACACUUGGACGGAUAGUAAUGGUGGUGUGGCUUUUCCUAUUGUUGGUGAUAACAUCAAGCUAUACAGCGAGUUUGACAUCGAUACUUACAGUCCAGCAGCUUUCAUCACCCAUCACGGGCAUUGACAGCUUAAUUGCAAGUGGUUGGCCUGUUGGAUAUCAAGUAGGAUCAUUUACUUAUGAUUAUCUGUUGAACAGUCUUUAUAUACCACGAUCAAGACUUAUUUCUCUAGGCUCCCCUGAGGAAUAUGAUCAAGCAUUGCGGAAGGGGCCAACCAAUGGAGGGGUGGCAGCUAUCAUAGAUGAGCUUCCAUACUUGGAGUUAUUUUUGUUAAACCACACUGAUUAUGGGAUUGUUGGGGAAUCAUUCAGAAAGACCGGUUGGGGUUUUGUUUUUCAAAGAGGCUCUCCACUCGCUGUUGACUUGUCCACAGCGAUUCUCAAGCUUGCUGAAAAUGGGACACUUCAGAAGAUUCAUGACAAGUGGUUUUGCAAGAAGGGUUGCAUAGCACCGAGAAGACAAAACUCUGAGCCUAAUCAGCUCCAAUUGAGCAGCUUCUGGGGUCUAUACUGUUUAUGUGGUGUAUUUACAGUCACUGCGUUUCUAUUGUAUCUGUUAAGAACUGUUCGCCAAUACAUUCGGUACAAACGGAAGCAGAUGGAACCUUUGUCUCCCUCAACUUCUGUAUCAUCAAGUACCUGCUGUUCGGAGGUCGUCUAUAGCUUUUUUGAAUUCACUGAUAAGAAGGAAGAAGCCAUCAAAUCAUUUUUUAGGCAGUGUGACAAUCCUUAUCCUCAGGUGCGCGCUGAUCAAUGAUGUAUAAACCUUGAUUAGUUUGAACUGGCUGGCCUACUGUCCCUGCAAUUUGUAGAUUUUGUGGUAGGCCUUAGUUUAUAUUGUAUGUGCUUGUUUGUUACUAAUGGUAUAAUGAAGCAUGUAAAUAUAUCUUUUUGUCGUAGGACUUUGCUUAGGUUACCAGUCGGACCAAAUGGGAUAGGGUUGUCUAUUGUUUAUCUUUUUUAGAGGAGUGUUGUGCGCUCAAUACACAACUUGAUUUAACUUAUUAUGUAUUAACUAAUUUAUUUUCCAUUAAAACUCUUAUAAUGAAGGA